AUGCCGUCAAAAAUCAUUUUUGAAAGCGAGGAACAAAACACGAAUGAAGACAUGGACACUGUAGCGGAGGCUAAAACCUUAAAAAAAAACAAGACCAAAGAGGGCAAGAAGCUGAAGAAGAAACAGGAGCAAAUCUUGGAGCCGGAAGAUCCAGAAUGUGACCCUCCAGCACCAAAGAAGAAAAAGAAAAAAGAUAAACUGGCCGUGGACCAAGUGAAUGAGGCUUUUGACGUGAAUGGCAAUGACAGUGUUGUGGAAACGCCAAAGAAAAAGACCAAAAACAAAGAAGGCACAGAGAAAAGCAAGAAGAAGCGAGAGAAAGCAGUUGCAGAAGCAGAAACCAAUGGACUUUCCACCUCAAACACACCUGUUCCGACUCCCAUCCAAACACCAUCUAACUCAAGCGAUGACUCAGCCACCGACAGUGAAAAAGAAAUGGGGGAAACACCAGAGCAGAAAGAAGGGGCAUUCUCCAACUUCAACAUCUCUCAAGUCACUGUAAAUAAAUUGAAAGCUCGUGGAGUCUCCUACCUGUUUGACAUCCAGGUAAAAUCAUUUUAUCCUGUAUAUAAUGGGGAAGACGUAAUUGCCCAAGCCCGAACUGGAACAGGAAAGACUUUCUCCUUUGCCAUACCAUUGGUGGAGAAGCUGCAGAAGGAUUCAGGACAGAUGAAAAGAGGCCGGCCUCCCAAGGUCCUGGUCUUGACUCCUACAAGAGAGUUGGCGAUCCAGGUUGCAAAGGACUUCAAAGACAUCUCUAAGAGCGUGGCUAUUGCUUGUUUCUAUGGAGGCAGCUCAUACAACCCACAGAUUGAUGCCAUUCGUAAUGGUAUUGAUGUCUUGGUUGGAACUCCUGGGCGGAUCAAAGAUCACCUUCAGAACAACAAGCUGGACCUCGCUCAACUGAAGCACGUUGUGCUCGAUGAAGUGGACCAAAUGUUGGACAUGGGAUUUGCAGAACAGGUGGAAGAGAUUUUAAGUUCAUCCUAUAGCAAAGAUUCUGACGCCAACCCGCAGACUCUCCUGUUUUCGGCCACCUGCCCCCCCUGGGUGUAUGACGUGGCCAAGAAAUACAUGAGACCAGGGUGCAAGCACAUCGAUUUGAUUGGCAAGAAAACCCAGAAAGCUGCGACAACGGUUGAGCAUCUGGCCAUAGCAUGCCACUGGUCCCAGCGUGCAGCGGUCAUAGGUGAUGUGAUCCAAGUGUACAGUGGCCGCCACGGCAGGACUAUCAUCUUCUGUGAGACAAAGAAAGAGGCCAAUGAACUUUCUUUGAAUGCAUCCAUCAAACAGAGCACCCAGUGCCUCCAUGGUGAUAUUCCACAGAAACAGAGAGAAAUUACCCUGAAAGGCUUCAGGAACGGUGCCUUUGAGGUUCUGGUCGCCACAAACGUUGCAGCCCGUGGAUUAGACAUCCCUGAAGUUGAUCUGGUGGUCCAGUGUUCUCCACCCAAGGACGUAGAAUCGUAUAUACAUCGAUCAGGUCGGACAGGACGGGCGGGGAGAACUGGAGUCUGCAUCUGCUUCUACCAGAGGAAAGAAGAGGACCAACUUCGCUACGUGGAAAACAAAGCUGGCAUCUCAUUCAGGCGAGUGGGGGUUCCAACUGCCAAUGACAUCAUCAAGUCAUCAAGCAAAGAUGCUGUCAGGUUUCUGGAUUCUGUUCCAGUUGCAGCUGUUGCAUAUUUCAAAGCGUCAGCGGAGAAGCUUAUCGAGGAGAGGGGGGCAGUAGAUGCUCUUGCUGCAGCCCUGGCCCAUAUCUCUGGAGCCACCAGUCUGGAGCAGAGGUCGUUGCUCAGCUCUGAUGCUGGUUACACCACUAUCCAGUUGUCGUGUUCUCAAGAGAUGCAUAACCUGGGUUUUGCUUGGAGGGCCAUCAAAGAACAGCUUGGGGAUGAGAUGGAGAACCACAUACACAGAAUGACUUUCCUCAAAGGCAAAACAGGAGUUUGUUUUGAUGUUCCUGCUGACAAAGUCAAAGAAAUUCAGGGAAACUGGAAAGAUGGUCGUCGUUGGCAGCUGACUGUAUCCACUGAGCUCCCAGAGCUGGAGGAGAAGCAGUUUAAUAACCGCGGUGACAGAGGAGGGUUCAGAGAUGGAAGGGGACGGAGUUUCCGGGGAAACGGUGGCCGUGGCAAUGGCUUCCGGGGUAAUGGAGGCGGCAACAACAGGGGAGGACAUAAACGUUCCUUUAGCCAAGCGUUUGAUCACUAA